AUGUCCCCGCUCCGCGCCCCCGGAGCAGCAGCACCAUCGGCCCGGCUCCACCUUAACCGGAGCGGCCUCGCCACUCUGGCCGCGCCGGGCGGCUCCGGCGGAGCGCAGGGGCGUUUAUCUCUGCCGGGAUCAGCCAAUAUUUGUGGCCACGUCAGGAGAACGAGCCCAUCCUCGCCCCGUGCUCCCGCUCAGUCCAGUUCUGCCACUCUGCUCCGCUCCCUCGCCCGCCGGCUCAUCCCAUUCUGCUUCUCGGACACCGCUGGCCUCGCACGCUGUCGCCUCUCGCCACGGGAGAUGAUGGUCACCGUGGCUCUCCUUCUCCUGAGCCUCCUCCGGACGGCUGCUGCCAAGGGCGAGUGGUGCCCGGCCUGCGGGGUGGCCGCGCUGGCUCCCGGAGCGCAGCGGGACGCGCUCCUGGCGCUGGCCAAGCGGAGCAUCCUGGCCAAGCUCGGUUUACCGGGCAGGCCCAGCGUGCCGCAGCCGCCGUCCCGGGGAGCCCUCCUGACCGCGCUCCGCAGGAUGCGAGCGCAGCGCUCGGACGCGGCCGCCAGCCCCGGGAUGCUCCGGGACGGCCGCGUCCCUGCCCGGCCCGGGAUGCGGCUGCAGGAGUACGAGAUGCUGAGCUUCGCCGAGCAGGGGUCCUCCACAUCCCACAGCGUCCGCCUGCAUUUCCGCUUCUCCCAGGAGGUGGCCGGGAGCACUGAGAUCCAGCAGGCCACCCUGUACCUGUUCUGGGCCGCCCCCGGCCGCGGGGCACAGCCCGUCACCGUCAGGCUCCUGCAGCCCGAGCCGGCGGGGCCCAACUCGACAGCGGCCAGCGAGACGCGGCUGGAGGUGCGGAGCCCCGGCUGGACCACGCUGGACAUCGGAGCGGCUGUCCGGAGCCUCUUCGGCCAGCAGACCCCGCGGCUCACGGUGGAACUGGAGGUGCCAGAGGACUGGGGUUCCCCUCUCCCGUCCGAUUCCCACUGGCCGUUUGUGGUGGCCCAAGCCCGGGCCAGGACCCCGCACCGCGUCCGUCGGCGCGGCGUCGAUUGCGGCGCGGACUCGCGGAUGUGCUGCCGCCGGGAAUUCUUUGUGGACUUCAAGGAGAUCGGCUGGGAGGACUGGAUCAUCCAGCCCGAGGGGUACCACAUGAAUUACUGCGCGGGGCUGUGCCCGCUGCACAUGGCCGGAAUUCCCGGCCUCGCCGCCUCCUUCCACACCGCCGUCCUCAACCGCAUCAAGGCGGCGAGCGCGGCGGCGGCCGUGGAUUCCUGCUGCGUUCCCACCCAGCGCCGGCCCCUCUCCCUGCUCUACUACGACCGCGACAGCAACAUCGUCAAGACCGACAUCCCCGACAUGAUCGUGGACUCCUGCGGCUGCACCUGAGCCGAGCCGGAGCGGCUGGGAGGACGGGACACGGCGGGACGGGGCUCCCGGCUCCCGGCUGGGAGGGAGGAGCUCUGCCGGGGGGGUUUCUCCUCCUGCGGGUGAAGCAUCGAGGGUGAUGCUGAAUGUGCGAGUCCCCUCCUAUCGCACCUCCCACACGGCUUCGUAUCUGCCCAUGGACUCUUCUCACAGCCCCUCUGACUGGCUCCUGAUGGAGUUCGGAGGGACUGAUGGACUGACAGACUUCUACUGGAUGCUGCAGAGGCCGGGUCAGGACCGUCCCAGCCCAAGGUUCUGGUGCGCCCUGGGUGCAGCUCCAUCAGCACAGGACCCUCCAGUGGCCACCUGGGCUGUGGGGCUGGCGAGGACAGAGGACAGGGGUCACCCCAUGGCCCCACUCAGCUGGACACGCGGCUGAGCAGGGAGAGGAGAGGGAAAUCAGUCCCAGUGGGAGGAAUGUUCUCUCUCUCCAAGCAUCCCAGCUGGCUGCUGUUCAAUAAAGACUCCCAGUGGUGUGUGCA